UGCUGGGAAAGACGGCGGACGUGCUAUCUGCUUCUGCUUCCUCGUGAACGCCGCCGAGCCGCACUGUCAACAGGCAACUAUAUUACUACAGGUCGGCCUCCGUGCGCUUACGGCCGCACGCCGCGUUUACUCGUUACCUUUUCUUUGCCGCCAGCCACGACGCGAUGGAAGUGACCACGUGGCGCCGCUCCGGUGACUUGCCAGCGUCAGUGUUGUGCGCUAGCUUCAGUGUUGUUCUCGUAUAUGUCAUCGAACUGACAGGUGGGCGAUAGCUCUGACGUAGUGCUCCUUUCAGUUGUGUGCGUGUGCAGCGUUCGGUGACGCGACGACAGAAGACGGCACUGCGAGAGAUGCACCUCCACGUGGUGCUGCUGGUGGCGCUGGCCGCGGUGCCGUGGCGGGGGGUGGAGUCCUGGGACCCGGAGGCGGGCUUCUUCACGUGCGACAACAUGGUGCACAACACCUCGGACCACGCGCCGCUCUUCAACUGCACGCACGACGACAGCGAGCAGGUGUUCCGGUGCGAGGUGGUGCUGGCGACGACGGGCAAGAACUUCCACGCGAACACCAACCUGGCAGUGUCACUGCAGCUGCGGCGCGACGCGGGGGAGCCCCGCUGCCUGCUGCUCGCCGCCGUCAACGUGCGCCAGGUGCCGCAGCCCGCGCUGCCCAACACCAUCCCGUUCGGCGACCUCGAGGACAACAUCUUCUACCAGCAGAUCCAGCACCUGCGCGUCGCCGUCGUCUUCCCGCGCAGCGUCCCCUUUGGCAGGCUUUGCACCGAGGAGUCUGCCUACAGGCCGUCGGCGUGCCUGAACCGGGACACGGUGCUGGUGAGCGCGGUGGUCCGGCACGCGACCGCCGCCAGGAAGGGCGUGCUCAACAGACUGCACUACAUCCACAACGCCACGCUCAUGCUGGGCGGCGAGCUGGUGGAGCUUCGCGCCGAGGUGAACGGCGAGGUGGAGCUGCAGCUGCAGCAGGUGCUGGACCUGCUGGCCGGCACCAACGCGCGCUCCGUGGCGCUGCGCGGCGGCAACUGGAGCGACGCGCCGCUCCAGCUCUCCGAGCAGCCCCUGCUCACCGACCUCGACCUCGCCAGCUGCCGCAUCGCCAACGUCAACAUCACGGACUUUGGGCUGGUGCCGCGGCUCCGCUCGCUGGUGCUGCACCACAACUCGCUGCAGGACGUGCCGGCCGGGCUGCAGGCGCUGGCCGAGCUGCAGCGGCUGGACCUGUCCGACAACCCGCUGCAGAACACCGACUCCGUACACGUCCUGGGCUCGCUGGCGGCGCUGCGCGAGCUGCGCCUGGCGGGCUGCGGACUGAAGGCGCUGCCGGAGCAGCUGCUGGCGGAGGAUCCGUGGACAGAGUGGCUGAACCUGAGCUGGAACCAGCUGCAGACGCUGCCCCGCUCUGAUGCGAGACGCCUCCAGCGGUCCGCCUCGCGUGCCGUGGUCCUGCACGACAACCCCUGGGACUGCUACGUGUGCGAGACGGCACCUCUCAAGGACUGGAUCCUACAGCCUGAGGAGGAGCGGCCCGCGGUUGUGGGCGAGGUGUUCUGCGCGAAGCCGGCGGCGCUGGCGGUGCGCUCGCCCACCGUGCUGGACGGCUGCAGCUCGGUGGACAUCGCGGUGGCGGUGGGCGUGCCGAUGGCGGCGCUCGGGCUGCUGGCCGGGCUCGUGGCGGCGCUCUGCUACUCCUACCGCUUCGAGCUCACCUACCUGCGCCACAUACUCGGCGUCAAGAUCGGCGCCGCCAGCGCGUCGGACCGCGAGUGGGUGCUGUACCGGCUGCUGCCCGGCCUGGAGCGAGCCCCGGAGCGCUUCCGGCUGUGCCUGCACGAGCGCGACUUCGCGCCCGGCACCUUCAUCACCAUCAACAUCGUCUCCUCCAUGCAGGCCUCGCGCCGCAUGAUCGUCGUCCUCAGCGAGGCCUUCGUCUCCAGCCAGUGGUGCCAGUGGGAGCUGGACAUGGCGAAGCACCAGGUGUGGGAGGACGGCAGCGACUUCCUGCUGCUGCUGGAGCUGGAGCGGCUGGAGCGGCGGCGGCUGCCGCGCCACCUGCGCGACUUCAUGGAGACGCGCACGUACCUGGAGUGGCCGGCGCGGCCCGCGGCCGAGGCGGACGAGGCGGCGGCCUGGGGCAAGCUGCGCGACGCGCUCAGCCCCAGCCUGCACCAGCAGCGGCAGCGCUCCGCCGCCGACGACGCCGACGACGCGUGA